AUGAUGCGCCUUGUCAGAAUUAAAGCCAAGGGCAGCAGCGUUGUGAGGGCGAGAAGGUUGGCACUGCAAAAAGCCGGCAAGCCUUCAUCAGCCUCCCAACCAACACGCGACAUCCCUCCAACUCGGAGCUUGUCCCCUCCUACAUCUCGGCGUGCUUCAGCCUUCUUCACCGCGCCGCUCCUCCAAUCCGACACCUGCAAUGAAAUAAAUCGUCGUCAGUCGACUUCCGAUGAGGAAGAAGCAGGCAUCCGUCGAAUAUCUCCGAAGGGCGCCCACGUCACCGACCAAUCAGCAGAGGCCGUUCUGUCGGUCGACGUAGCUUGUACGUUUUCUGCCCCCGGCGCAUCAGCAUAUCCGGCCGAACAAGAAACUCCUCUUUCCAGCGGCUCUACACCAAGACUCGUCGAAGACGCCACUUCGUCGCCUUCUUCCCACCCUUCGACGACCACAGCAACACCAGCCUCAAACCGCCCGUCAUUUGGUGCUUCUAUCAAGCCAAAGACCGGAGCUCGUGGAAGGUCCCUUUGCACAACCAAGCUCCAAAGAAGCCAUACGUCGCCACCACGUCGCCACCACACUCCUUCAUCGCCGGCUCUCCAGGCAGCGCUGAAGUGCGCACGAGGGGCCGGUGGCCGCUUGGGCACUCCUCUCGGCAGCCCAUUCCCAGCACCGGGGGAAGACUGGGCAGCGGGUCGGGCCGCAUCGGCGGCGGCCAGUGCCGCAGCCAGGUCAGUUCACCUGUCGGAAAGGGCGUUCGAGCCGUCUGCUCCGGGUUCUCGGUUCUUCCCACCGUUCGGACAUACAGACGCCGCAUCCGAUGGGGCACUCUGUGCGCCUGUGGUCUUCGAAAUGGUCCAGGACGCCGCGGACGAUGAGGAAGAUGCUGACGGCGCUGACAACGACGCAGCAGGCAGGGUCAGAGGUUGGCACGGCCUGACAUUGUACAGGUCUCCUGGCGUCGACCAGCGGUCAGCAGUCUUCCAGCAAGCUCUUCAGCUAGAAACUAUCGCCUUCAGCCCAGACGUCCAAACCCCACCACGCUCAACACCACCGGAGUCCCCAUGCCGGGGUUUAGGUUCAAGUCGCAUGUACGACGCGAGCAGCGUAAGGCCCCAGCCAGCGACGGCUUUCUGCCAUAGGCAAUCCGCAAGUUGCAGAGCUCUUGCAUGUCGCGACCAAGAACGUAUAGGACUCGGCAUGAGCAGUUUGCCAGAGAGAGGGGCUGGUCGUCAAAAGCGUCGAACAGAUAUUGCGAGCAAGCCGCGUCCUCGGCCGUGGGACGAAUUGGAGUCUUUAGCACGCACGCCACGAGUAGAAACAGAACAAGAACAACAAGUGAGGGUUGUAGGGGGCACAUACUUCGCGACUCCUCCUGAGCUACAUCGUUAUGGAGUCGUGAAGUCGACUCCCUCUCCACCGCAGUUUACGACAACCAAGCCUGAUGGGUCUAUAUCGGUGACGCCAGCGCCAUUGCACGUCGCCUCGGCAGCUUCAACCCUGUUCGACAGUGGAGACAUGAUCAUGGUGGCGAGAUUGCUCGCUCACCCGGAGUGCUCGCUGAAGGGCUUAGUACUGCACCGAGCGAAACUGGACACGCCGCCAGGCCGGGAGGCCCUCUUGAAGUGCUUGGAGCUCAACAAAUUGUGCCGGCUCGCCCUAGGGGGAUGCGUCUGGUUUGAUCACGCCUUGAGAACAGACAAGUCCAGGCAGUACGAGUGGCUCACUGGCAGGUGGUGGGAGAAGGUCUGCGAUACGAUUAGGACGAACGCGUUUCGACUGAGGGAAGUGGUGGUGGAGGGACUUGAAAGAGGAGGAGAUGCCCUCGGGACAGGAAUUGGAACCAUGCUGGGUGACUACUUCGCAAAACGAUUCGGGAGAUUGGCGUCGGUAUCAUUGGUUCGAUGCGGUAUAUCCGACCAAGGAGCAACGGCCGUGGCGAGGGGUAUCUGGGCCUCGAGCGGUCUAACCCACGUUGACUUAUCAGAGCUUUGCCUCCGACGAUGGUCAAUUCGUGUCAACCAGAACCGAAUAACGGACCCAGGAGGAACAAUGCUUGGAGCCGCCCUGCCCAGGAGUGUCUCUCUAGAGUCCAUCACUUUGUCGUACAACUUCAUGAUGGAGGAAGCAGCCCAGGCCUUGCUCAGCGCGGCAGCAUCAAGCCGGCCUACACUCAAGGAGGUUCAUUGCGAGGGCAACCUCUUCGAUGAAGACUUGUGCGGGCAUAUUGCGCAAGCAUUGAAGCGAAGGGAUGAUAGGAUAUCGUCACCACGUAAGCCGAGACGUAACGUUCCAGGCAUUGUUUCUCCUACGUCAGCCGGUCAGAUGGAAACAGGAAAUGACUGGUUUGACUGCUCUCCACAUGAUUCGCUACCAUGCCCUCGGGGUGGAGAACGCAAUCUUGCCGGGGUCGACGUCGGUGGCUCCAGAGCACCCACGAGGAACCCGAAAGUUGGGCGGUCCUUCCCCGGGGGUUGGCGUGUGACCAGCGACAACAGCGCGACGUUCCCACCGGUGGCAGACGGUCGUAGCCGAAAGAGAGGCCACGAUCAGGCACAAGAGCAGAGGGAUGAACGUGAGGCUGUAUCGUCAUCGUACCUCGCGGCGGCGAUCGGGUGCCCUUGUAUUCCUGCAGCAGCCGUGGGCGCAGUGGGCAGCAAAGAGGAAACUGGCCGGUUGCCACCGGAUACUGAUCAACGGCAUCGACAUGGUGAACAACCAAGCUACAAUCCCAUGGACAAUCAAUUUCGAGAGGGUUUGGAAUUGGGACAAACCAGAUUUAGACAGGCAGCCCGGAUGGUGUGA